CGUCAAGAUGGAUUUAGAAGACGGAUUGGAUGACUUACUAGCCAAUAUCGACGAACCAACACCUCCGAAACAAAUUAAACAAAAUGAUGUUGCUGCAAACACCCUGACAACAACAGAAUUACCUGGACCUUCCAAGGAAAUUUCUAAACCAGCUGUAUCUAAAACACAUUGUGUUUUGGUGAAUCAAAAACAGCGGGGAAAUCCACUUUUAAAAUUUAUCACAAGUGUCCCUUGGGAAUAUGAUGACAUCAUACCAGAUUACGAAGUUGGUAAAACAAUAUGCCUAUUAUUUCUAUCAGUAAGAUAUCACAACUUAAAUCCAGAUUAUAUUAAUAAUAGAUUGAAGGAAUUGGGCAAAAAGUACGAACUCCGUGUGCUGCUUGUACAGGUAGAUUUGAAAGAUCCACACGUUCCAUUGAAGAAUUUAACAAGGAUAUGCCUUCUAACAGACAUGACCUUAAUGUUGGCGUGGAGUCCAGAGGAAGCUGCAAAGAUUAUAGAAAAUUACAAAAUAUAUGAAAACAAGCCACCAGAUAGGAUUAUGGAAAAAAUUGAGAAUGACCCCCACCAAAAGAUAAUUAACGCUCUCUCAUCAAUCAAGCCAGUAAAUAAAACAGACGCAAUGACAUUGAUAACAACAUUUGGCACGUUAGAGAACCUCAUACAGGUAUCAGAACAAAGACUUGCCGAAUGUCCAGGAAUAGGUGCAACUAAAGCAAAAAAACUCUACAAGGGAUUACAUCAAACAUUUUUAAAGAAAAGAGAUAUUUUAAACAAGGAUAUUGAGACAAAAAGCGCAACUGAGGAGUUUGAUGAAGAAAUCAGCGAAGCGGAUAUAGCAACACUUGAGAAGCAAGUACAGAAUGAAUAAUAUACUUCGUAGUUAAAUAAUACAGUAUUUCUUAGUAGU